CAGUGGCUCUUUUGGUGCUAUGGGGAAGCUGCUGGGUGCUGCCCAGGGUCAGUUGUGGCUAGUUGCUGUCCAAAUCCAUAGAUGUCUAUGGUCCAAUCUGCUCGGACGCCCUCCUGCGCUCUUUCCGUAACCUCGUCCUCUACUGAUGACGUUUUGUAUCUAUGUUUAUUGAGGAACUGCAGUAGCCUGGUGCCGAAGAAUAUUGCCGAGUUGGUAGUAUUAGCUAGCAUUACAGACUGAGGCAAGGUUGUUCUCUGUUUGUGGAUGGAGUAUAUGCUCCAAUGAGAUGACUGACCAGGGUAAUAAUAACCAGAACAUCUCCAGAAACCCAUUUGCAGCCCUCUUCAGUUCUCUUGCAGAUGCAAAGCAGUUUGCAUUGGGUCAGAAACAACAAGAGCACAGUAAACCACCAUUGGAAGACUCGGGGGAUAGCCAAUCAGAAUCCGAGAAUUCUGUGUCUGACAGUAUCGAGGACAAUGAUGACUCUGUGGCUGAGAUAAGCAGGUCCUUCCGAUCCAGGCAGGAGCUAUGUGAGCAGCUAAAUGUCAAUCAUAUGAUCCAGAGGAUCUUCCUCAUCACACUAGACAACAGUGAUCCAAGUCUCAGAGGAGGCAAUGGCAUCCCUUCACGUUGUGUGUUCCUUGAGGAGAUGGCUGCUGACCUUGAUGGACAGGAUUGGCUUGACAUGGACAGUAUUGAGCAGGCUUUAUUCAGCAGACUGCUGAUGUUGGAGCCUGGCAAUCACCUCAUUUACAUGACAUCAUGCAAUGCGGUGAACCUGUCUGCAGACCGAGAUGCUGGCGAUAAAUGCGCUGUACCAUACCUUUAUGCUUGCUACCAAAGAGCCAAAGAAGAGGUCACAAAAGUGCCAGAGAAACUCUUGUCCUUCGCCGUGCACUGCAAGAACCUUAUCGUGUCCAACGCGCGCACGGUCCUUCUAACCCCAGAGAUCUACAUCAGCCAGAAUGUUUACGAGCAACUCCUGGACCUUCUGCUUGAAGGAGUCAAUAGCGCACAGCUUGACCUGGUAGUUGAGUUUCUAGAUGAGGUUAUUGCCGGCCUGCUGACUGACCAGGAGGUGCGCACCUUUGGGGAGGUGAUGGUGCCAGUUUUUGAUAUUUUUCAAGGCCGCGUCAAAGACUUGGACCUGUGCCAGCUGCUGUUGUACUCCUACCUGGAUGUUUUCCUCUACUUCAGCCAACAGAAAGACAUCGCAAAGGUUCUGGUAGAGCACAUUCAACCGAAAGACCCCAGCAAUGGGUUGCAGUACCAGAAGACGCUUCUAGGCACCAUCCUGAAUAUUUCCUGUCUGCUUAAAACCCCUGGCGUGGUGGAGAAUCACGGCUACUUCCUAAAUCCCUCACGCUCCAGUCCACAGGAAAUGAAGGUUCAAGAGUCCAACAUCCACCAAUUCAUGGGUCAGUUUCAAGACAAGCUGCACCUCAUCCUUAAGAAUCUGCUGCAGCAGUCUAGCGAGACUCGCCACCUGCUGCUCUCCUGGCUGGGAGGCUGCCUGCAAGCCAACACCGGCCGCACCAAGAUCUGGGCCAACCAGAUGCCGGAAAUAUUUUUCCAGAUGUACGCCUCUGACGCGUUCUUCCUCAACUUGGGGGCGGCCCUGCUCAAGCUGUGCCAGCCGUUCUGCCGGCCCAACUCCCCCAAACUGUUGACCUUUAACCCUACGUACAGCGCCCUGGGGGAGCUGAGCGAGGAUGAGAGGCGGAACAGAAACGUCCACGCCAGAGGUCUGGACAAGGAGACGUGUCUGAUCCCCAUACCCCCUCAACAGAAUGUGGAGUUUGCCCAGUCAUAUAGCCUGCUCACAGAGAACCUUAUCCUCACACAACUCACCCUUCACAUAGGCUUCCACAGACUUCACGAUCAGAUGGUGAAGCUGAACCAGUCACUGCACCGGUUGCAGGGCUCGUGGCGUGAGGCACAGCUGAGCGGGGGGCCCGCCGCCGAGCAGCUGCGCGAGCAAUUCGAGCACCUCAUGACCGUCUACCUGUCCACCAAAGCGGCCGCCACGCAGCCUGCCAUGCUGCAGAACUGCCUCAACCUCCAGGCCUCUUGCGCCUCUCUGCUCGUGCAGGUGGGCCUCAACAACCAGGGCCCCGAGCACAUCCCCCUCCGCUUCCCCCUGCCCCCGCUCAACAACAGCCAUCUCUGCUACGUGCCAGAAUUCUUUGUGGACAACCUUGGAGACUUUUUUAUCUUCCUGCGGCGGUUUGCUGAUGAGGUCCUUGAGACGUCAGCUGAGAGUCUAGAGCAGGUCCUCAACUUCAUCACCAUGUUCUUGGGCAACGUGGAGAGAAUGUCCAACCCCCACCUGCGCGCCAAACUGGCAGAGGUACUGGAGGCCGUCAUGCCACACAUGGAGGCGGCCGCAUCGGGCACUACCCAGCCCAUCAUGUUUCAGCGUCAAAGGGUCUUCUGCACAUACUGCCACGCCCCCUGCCUGGCUGAGGCACUUAUGACUGUUUUUGUAGAUAUUGAGUUCACCGGUGAUCCUCACCAGUUUGAACAGAAGUUUAAUUACAGAAGGCCAAUGUACUCAAUUCUGAAGUAUAUGUGGAACACUGAGAGCUAUAGAGAGAGCAUUAAGCGUCUUGCCACAUAUGCAUCUGAAAACCUGGAAGCCAUGAAUCCUCCUCUAUUUCUGCGGUUUCUGAAUCUCCUGAUGAAUGACGCCAUCUUCCUGCUCGAUGAGGCCAUCCAGUUCCUGAGCAAAAUCAAAGUGCUGCAGCUGGAGCGAGAUCGUGGCGCAUGGGACGAUCUCCUGCCCGACGCCCGCAGAGAGAAGGAGUCCAGUCUGCAGAUGUUAGGGCAGCUGGGCCGCUUCCACAACAUCAUGUCCAACGAGACCAUCGGCACUUUGGCUUUCCUCACAUCAGAAAUAAAGGGUAUUUUUGUUCACCCCUUCUUGGCUGAGAGGAUCAUCUCCAUGCUGAACUACUUCCUUCAACACCUAGUAGGGCCCAAAAUGGGUGCCCUGAAGGUGAAAGACUUCAGUGAGUUUGACUUCAAACCUCAUCAACUGGUCUCUGACAUCUGUACCAUCUACCUCAAUCUGGGAAACGAGGAAAACUUUUGUGCAAGUGUCCCAAAGGAUGGACGUUCGUAUUCCCCAACGCUGUUUUGCCAAACAGCCAGAGUCCUCAAGAAGAUAAACAAACCUGGUGAAAUGAUUGUGUCUUUCAGUCUGCUAGCAGACAAAAUUAAGUCCCUGGCAGACCGACAUCAGCAAGAGGAGGAGACCUACUCAGAUGCUCCAGACGAGUUCUUAGACCCAAUCAUGUCCACUGUUAUGCUUGACCCUGUAAUACUUCCCUCUUCAAACGUCACAGUGGAUCGGUCCACAAUAGCACGGCAUCUCCUCAGCGAUCAGACCGACCCUUUCAAUCGCAGUCCUCUGACCAUGGAUCAGAUUCGUCCCAACGAGGAGCUCAAACAACAGAUCUUACAGUGGCUGGCUGAACACAAGAAAGAGAUACAACAGAUGGGGCCCAGUGGAUAGGUGUCAAGUAUUCCAAAAUGAACACUACCGCCCCCGCGCUCCCUUUGGCAUGCAUGCUCCACUUGACUCUGCCAUGUGCCCUUAGAUUCAGAUUUCCAACAAUAUUUGACAACAUCUUGCCAUGCAGAUCUGCAAUGUGCUCAAGCAAAAACAAAUUUUUGGUUUCUGCAAAGAUACAGAUUUUAUUACAUGGAGACCCACUUCCACUAUAAGGAAUCAUGCCCCUGCCCUUUCAACUGCCUGAAAUGUUUUUUUUUUUUUUUUUGUUUGUUUUUUUGCCAUGGAAAAACACCGUCUGCCUGGUCAAGCCACUGAAAGUGCUACUGGAGAAAGCAUCAUUUUAUGAGUUACUUUUUGCCUUUGGAGUUUUCUUUCCUCGUUAUAGAAGAAUUACAGUGUUGGAUCAUAUGCUGAACAUAAAAGAAGAGUAAAUUACAUAUAUUUCUAAGGCAAUUGCCAGCUACCCUUUUCUGUAAAUGUGUGUGUACAAUAAUUACUUCUGCACCACUUGACAUGUAACACUAAGACAUGCCGUUACACAUGCAAUAAAAUAGGGAUGUGCUUCAACUAAUUUAUCUGUACAAAUGUAGAGAGAGUAUUGAACCAUGGAAAAAUGGCGGGUUAUCCCAGGUCUCACUGACUGGGAAACUAUAACUCAAACCACUAGUUUGGUUUAGGUUUUUUAUUAACAAGACGCCCUUCUGCUCAUGGAAAAUAAUUUGUAAUGAUUUUGAAAUGAUUAAAAUCAGUUAUUCUGGCCAUCAAAUGCCAUUGGAUUUCACUAUGGCAGUUUAACUGAUUUUAGUUCUCUACUGAGCUUCGAUCAGAAAUGCCCUCGUCAUCAUCCAGUUUCAUGUAUGUGAGUAACAUUUAAGAUUUGUAUGAAUAUUGAGGUGAUCUCUAUGCAUAUCAAAGAACUGGCAAUUUAUAACAUGUUUCUAAAUCCCAGUGUGUUUUAACAUACAUUAAGCAUGAUAAUGCAGUCUUUCCCAUGUAGUUUUGAAUUGACCCUUUUUAAUGUAGGCAUUUUGGAAAUUGGACAUUUUACGCUUUAGUGCUCGCUCUAUAACAUUUGGGGUUGUGGCUUUGAAUGUAAAGAGUGACAUCUCUUCAGAAGACAGGAAGGACGUGAGUUACCCCACAACAUUAGUUUUAACAAGAACAUGACAACAUGAUUUUAGCUGAAGGAUGAAUUCUUUUCCGGACAAUACUUUUGCUUGAGGACAGCUAUUCAUUCAAGCAUUUUUUCUGUGAUUUGUUCUUUUUUUUCUUCUUUAUUUAAUCUUUUUGAACCUGCUGGAUGUAAGCAGAGUAAUACAGCACAGCUACAACAGAAUCCUCUUGUUCAAAAUUAAGUCAGUAUAAUCAACUGUAUUGAACAUUAUACAAUAUGACUUGCCCUUUUGCUUAUGAUCGAAUUAUUUUCAACCUGUGCAAUUCUAUUACAUUUCAUCUCUAAAAGCUAUUGAUUUAUUCUGGUGAUUCUUUUUAAACUGUCUGAAUUGUGUUGUGUAAAAAAGUAACUGUUCAUGAAUUCAGUGAAAUAAAGAUGUGUAUAAUAAUAAUAAA